ACUUUGCUUUGUGGAGGAGCUCAUUUUUGAAGCACACAGCAAAGGGGCCCCAAAAAAAAAAAAAAAAAAAUGCCAUGUUCCAAAGAAGAAGCUCUUGUUAGGCUGUUCUACAAUCUCUCAAGCUCCUUUCACCUCUUCUUCAUCUUUUUCUACAUUUCCGUCACUUUUCUUUUCAAGUUCUUGAACUUUGUUGGUAGCAAUCCAAUAUUUCCAAGAAACCGAAAUGGUAUCGAGUACAACUUCUUCUCCGACGAGGAAGAAGAGAUCAUGGAGGAAGAAAAAGAAGAAGAAGAAGAAGAAGAAGAAGAUCAAAGACGACGAUUUGUUGAUCGUUUUGAUCAACAUCAAAGCACAGAGAAUGAUCAUCUAGUGGCCGACAUAAUUCGAGGAGGCGAAAAGCUAUUGUUCUUGCCUAAGAACACCACCUUUCAGAGGAUCAUCAACCACCAAAGUAAUGUUUCUGAUGAAUUCUUAAGUCCCCAUGAAAGCAUUAGCAGUAUUGAAGACCAAAAUGAAAACCGUCCUGCCAUCAAUCGCGAAACAUCGUCAUUCGAGCAUGAAUCAUCAAUAUCAUCAUCACCUCGAGGUUCAGAAUAUGAUUAUGAAGUUACAGAUUCAGUUCCCAACUCUGUCCCAAAUAACUCCAGCUGGUCCACGUCCCCCAUAACCAUAGACCUUAGAAAGAGUAACUUGGAGGGCACUAAUGACAAAAGUUAUGACGAAUUUUGUGAUAAUCAGAAUGAUAUUACUCAUGAGAACAAAGUGGAGAUGAACUUUCCGAGGGAUGAAAAUUUUCUGGUUUUUCCGGAUAUGGAGAAGAAGAAGUUAUUAAACAAAGCUAAACAGAAGGAAUUAAUGCAGGAUGAAGAAGUCUACGGAGAUUCAUGCACAAUUGGCUCAACUUCUAAGAGUUCUUCAGAAUGGAGAAGCUCCAUAAACUGUAGGGAUUCGGGGACUGAAGAUCCAUUUUCUUCUUCUUCAAGAAGAAGUUGUCCCAAAUGGGAGUCUUACACUGUGUUUCAGAAAUAUGAUGAAGAAAUGCUGUUCCUAGAUCGAAUCAGUGCUCAGAAGCUCCAUGAAACUGAAUCACUAAAGUCUAUUCAAGUUUGUCCAAGAUCAAUCUCAGAGAGGAUUGUUCAUAAGAUUGCAACCAUAAACAAAAAGCCAUCAGAUAUUCGUCAAAACCCAUAUCAUGAACUGGAAGCUGCUUAUGUAGCUCAGAUUUGCUUAACAUGGGAAGCUCUUAAUUGGAACUACAAGAACUUUCAUCAGAAAAGAGCCUCACGUAAAGACUUUGACCCUGGUUGUCUGGAACAAAUAGCUCAGCAAUUUCAGCAAUUCCAAGUUCUUCUGCAAAGGUACAUUGAAAAUGAGCCAUAUGAACAGGGAAGAAGACCAGAGAUUUAUGCUAGAAUGAGGCUUUUGGCACCCAAGUUGCUUCAAGUUCCAGAAUAUCGAGAUAAUUUAGAGGACGAUCAAAAAGAAGGUGGUUUGGGUGGAAGAAUUUCUUCAGCUGCAUUUGUGACGAUAAUGGAAGAUUGUAUCAGAACUUUCAUGAAUUUUUUAAAGGCUGAUAAGGAGAAUCCUUGCCAAGUCCUAAAAAAUUUGUUCAAAAGAAAACGAAGAGGUUCAGUGGAUCCAACUCUUAUCAAUCUUAUGAAGAAAGUCAACCAGAAAAAAAACUUGAAGUUGAAAGAUCUUCGUCGAUCUCGAAAAUGCUUGAGGAAAAGAAGAUUAAAAGUAGAUGAAGAAAUGGAAAUACUAAUGGCGCAAAUAGACCUAAAGGUGGCUUCAAGGGUAUUGAGAAUGAAAGAUUUAAGUGAAGAGCAAUUGCAUUGGUGUGAAGAAAAAAUGAGCAAAGUUAGAGUUUUAGAAGGCAAACUUCAAAGAGAUUCCUCCACACUUUUCUUCCCAGCUCACUAAGUGACCCCACCGUAUACUAUAUGUUUUUGCUUCAUGACUAGAUCAUUCAUGAAUGUGAUUUGGCUAGCUUUGGAAUUACACAAAAAAAUGAAUAUCCAAAAGCACCCUUUUGUAAAUAGUAGUGCUAAAGAAAAAGAUAUAUAUAUAUAUAUAUAUAUAUGUACACACACACACACACAAAGGGGGGGACCUACAAAUCAAAGUGCAUGAAACUUCAUGUGGGUGUGACAUGGAAAACUUUGGAUCAUGGAGAUAUGGAAUCCAUAUGAAAGUAGAGAAAUGAGUUUUGGAAUUCUGUGAUUCAGGAAUUUUGGAAAGUGAUAGACCAGAGACAAAGCAAAAGGAGAACUUGAAGAUAAUGACAAGGGAAGCUUUAACUUUAAUUUUAGCUUUUUUAUAUUUUAUUUUGUAAAAUUAGGGCUUUAUUUGUUUAAGGGUGUUUUUGAGCCCUAGACUAGAUGACUCAAAAGAGGAGGAGAUUGGGACAAGACUGCUCGAAAUUGCAUGCAGUGGAAUAAAAGGGUAGCAGAUGGUACAGUCAGAGAGCUGAUUUGUAGAAGACUAAACAUCAGAACGACCCACUUUGUUUGGGGAAUGAGAAAAAAGAAGAAAGAAAAAAAAGUAAUAAAGUGGAAUAAAUCAAUUAUUUAGAGAUGUAAUCUAGAUCAGAAUGA